UUUCCACGGCGGAACUCAAGACUGUGCUUCCAACUUCUAAGGCCCUGAGAAGAAGGGUGCCACACCGGACGAACGUCACAAAUCGGAUCCACCGACUCAAUCCCUCCCUCCCUCCAUCGAUCCUCCCACCCCGCCCUUAAGCACGGACGGACGAACCGAGGGCUGAAGCCAGACUGUGGCCGGAACCGUGCUCGCUUGCUCGCCUUUGUCGAGGCCAUCCGUUUGUGUGUAGGAUCCGACCGCCAGGGUCACGACUCACGUGGGCUCGAGGAUUACGGCCGAGUCAGAGAUGAGCGAUCCCACCACUGCCCCGCCCACUUCGGGCUCGACUGCCGCCGAAGACGAGAAUGCGCUGCCCACCAUCGCCGACGAUCUGGUGGUCACCAAGUACAAGAUGGCCGCCGAGAUCACCAAUCGUGUGUUGAAGGAGGCCAUUGAGCUGUGCGUGGUUGGCACAUCCGUGCGAAGUAUUUGCGUGCAGGCCGACAAACGGAUCGAGGAAGAGACGAGCCAGGCCUUCAAAAAGGACAAGAAAAUCAGCAAAGGCAUCGCCUUCCCCUGCUGCGUGUCCGUCAAUAAUUGCAUUUGCCAUUAUUCCCCGCUCAGCACGGAUCCGGAUGUCAAGCUUCAAGACGGCGACAUGGUCAAGAUCGAUAUGGGCGCACACAUUGACGGCUUCAUCACCGUGGUGGCUCACACCGUGGUGGUGGGUGCGUCCAAGGAUAACAAGAUCACUGGGCGCAAGGCCGAUGCCAUGCUGGCCGCUCAUCUGGCCUCAGAAGCCGCCCUGCGACUGGCCAAGACCGGCAAUGAGACUUAUGCCGUGACGGAUGCGGUGCAAAAGAUCGCGGAAUCGUACGAGUGCAAGCCCAUUGAAGGCAUGCUGUCUCACCAGUUGGAGCAGAACAUCAUCGACGGUGCCAAGACCAUCAUCCAGAACCCGAGCGAAGCCCAGAGAAAAGAGCACGACAAGUACGACUUCGAGCUCCAUGAAGUGUACGCGAUCGAUGUGCUCAUUUCCACGGGCGAAGGCCAAGGACGGGAGAAGGACACCAAGAUCACCAUCUACAAGAAGACCGACGAAACUUACAUGUUGAAGAUGAAGAACUCUCGCGAGUUCUUCAGCAACGUGACCAAGAAGUUUGGCACGAUGCCGUUUACUCUCCGGGCCCUGGAUAGUGAGACCAAGGCCAAGAUGGGCGUGGUCGAGUGUGUGGCCCACAAGCUGGUCGAGCCCUUCCAAGUGCUCUACGAGAAAGACGGUGAGCACGUGGCCCAAUUCAAGUUCACCGUGUUGCUCAUGCCCAAUGGGCCCCACAAGAUCACGGGCAUCCCGUUCGACACCGAGCUUGCUCAGAGUGAUAAGAAGAUCGAAGAUCUGGACAUUCAGAAAUUGCUUAAGACCUCUGCCAAUCCUAAGGCUGCCAAGAAGAAGAAGAAGGCUGCCGAAAAAGCCGUGACCGAAGGAGUCCCACAACUUGUGGAACAAUAAAGACCGCCACCUCUCGACCAACCAGAUUCUUCUACUCUCUGAUGUCCCUUUGAUCAGAUCUUCUUCACAUCGUCCCUGGUGAUCCAGACCUCAUCAGUCGAAGAAUCUCCCUUGUUCUUGGAAUCUGGGAGCCACAAUGAUAUUGACUUCGGAUGAUGUGACAAUUGACCUUGACGUGGAUACGAGAAGAGCAACAACUAUUCUGCAAACGAAACCACGCCACAACCCUCGAGUUACGACUCCCCUGAAAUAGUAUGGAUGACAUUGUUAUUUAUGAGCGUGUAAGGAAGGCGUGGCUUGAACAUCUCCAGCUGGAGCUCAGUCCUCGCGUCAAGCUCAUCCUCAUCAUCGUGUUCCCACCCACAAAAAGCCAUAUAUUUCAUUGCCUCCCGCCAAAAUAUGUGAGAACUCUAUUUUCACUGAGAAAUAAAUCAAAUGGAAAAAACAA